AUGAAACCAAAAGUUAAUCCUGAAGACGAUAUAACACUCGGCAAACUAUCUGCGCUGCCAAAAAUCAAGGAGAAACCACCAAAUUUUUUCGAUGUGGUGAGUAUAUUUUUCUGACUGAGUUGACUUUGGGGUUCUAAUUUUCUACACUAUUCACUCUUGGUAUUUUUCUUUUUGAAAUGUUGAUUUUCAGUUCCGAUAUUCUGAUUGGAAAGAUUGGGCUUUGUUAUUCGGUGGAGUCAUAUUCAGUAUCUUCAGUGGAGCCCUAGUUCCAUUCAACAGUUUGAUCUUCGAAGGAAUCACAAAUGUUCUAAUGGCUGGUGAAGCUGAAUAUAACAACGGAACUCUAAACAUGCCCUGGUUCAGCAGUGAAAUCAAAUACUAUUGCCUCGAUUAUUUCUACCUUGGUGUCGCCCUUUUCAUCGUCUCAUAUUUAUCCAAUGCCUGUCUUUACACAAUGUGCGAACGUCGUCUUCAUUGUGUUCGAAAGAAUUAUCUUCGAGCUGUUCUCCGACAAGAUGCACGUUGGUUUGAUGAGCAUACAAUUGGUGGUUUGACACAGAAAAUGAGCAGUGGAAUUGAGAAGAUUAAGGAUGGAAUUGGAGACAAGAUUGGUGUUUUGGUAUCGGGUGUGGCGACUUUUAUUAGUGGUGUUGGAUUAGGAUUUUAUAUGUGUUGGCAAUUAACAUUGGUUAUGCUUAUUACGGUUCCACUUCAACUUGGUUCAAUGUAUCUUUCAGCAAAGGUGAGCGAAGGUUUCGAAGGUUUUAUUCCACAUGUGUUAUUUUGAUCUUCAAACGUCCCAAAAUCUAUCAAAAUUAAGUUGUGUCCCCAGGUCCCAAUAAAAUAAUUUUUCCCCAUUUUUACUAAGUCGGCGGGGAACCUAUUCUAGGUGAAAAGCUGUUUUAGAGAGGGCCGAAUUUUAUGAUUAUUUUCAGCAUCUCUCACGCGCCACUAAAAACGAAAUGUCAGCAUAUUCCAACGCUGGUGGAAUGGCGAAUGAAGUAAUCGCUGGAAUUCGAACUGUCAUGGCAUUUAAUGCACAGCCUUUCGAAAUCAAUAGAUACUCUCAACAAUUAAAUGCUGCCAGAAAAAUGGGUAUUCGUAAAGCGGUCAUUCUUGCUAUUUGUAGUGCUGUUCCAAUGGUUUUGAUGUUUGCAGCUAUGGCAAUCGCAUUUUGGUUAGUGUUUUUUUUGUUUUUGUUUUGACUUUGCACAGUUUUUUUUCCAACAAAGAAAACAAAUUGAAAUCGAAAUUAUCAUAAUCCUCUGAAUUUGCAUAAACAUCAAAAUAUUUGUUUUCUCUUUUUUCCAGGUAUGGUGCAACUUUGGUUGCUGCUGGUGUUGUUGCUCCUGGUGCUAUUUUCGGUGUCUUCUGGGCGGUUCUGAUUGGAACAAGAAGAUUGGGUGAAGCUGCACCACAUCUUGGAGCAAUUACUGGUGCAAGAUUAGCUAUUCGUGAUAUUUUCAAAGUUAUCGAUAAUGUUCGUAAACUUUUUUUGUUCUAAUUUUUUGAUAACGAAUUUUUUUAGGAACCACAUAUCAAUUGCACAUCAAAAGAAGGCUUGAAACCAGAUAGAAUUCAAGGAAAAUUGACAUUCGAAAAUAUCGAGUUCACAUAUCCAACAAGACCAGAAGUCAAAAUUUUGAAAGGUGUUACUUUCGAAGUAAACCCUGGUGAAACAGUCGCACUUGUUGGUCAUUCAGGAUGCGGAAAAUCAACAAGUAUCGGACUUUUGAUGCGAUUCUAUGAUCAAGAAGCUGGUGUCAUCAAACUCGAUGGUAUUCCAAUUCGUGAUUAUAAUAUUCAAUGGCUUCGUAGUACCAUCGGAAUUGUUCAACAAGAACCAAUCAUUUUUGUUGCCACAGUUUCCGAAAAUAUUCGAAUGGGAGAUCAAUCAAUUACCGAUGAAGAUAUUCGUGAUGCCUGUAAUCAAGCUAAUGCAAAUGAGUUUAUUAUGAAAUUAAGUGAUGGUUAUGACACGGUCAUCGGCGCUGGAGCUGUUCAACUUUCUGGUGGACAAAAACAACGUGUUGCUAUUGCGCGGGCUCUUGUUAGAAAACCACAAAUUCUUCUUCUUGAUGAAGCCACAAGUGCAUUAGAUACUGAAAGUGAACGGAUGGUUCAAGGAGCAUUGGAUAAAGCAUCAAAGGGUAGAACUACUUUGUGUAUUGCUCACAGAUUGAGCACAAUUCGAAAUUCUGACAAGAUUUUGGUGUUUGAUCAAGGGUUAAUCGUUGAAACAGGUGGGAAGAUCUUAUUUCUGAGUUACAUUCAAAAUUCAAUUUUUAGGAAGCCAUGAUGAAUUGAUGGCCCUUCAAGGAAUUUACAGUAACAUGGUGAAAGCACAAGAAAUCGAACGAGCGAAAGAAGACACAACUCUAGAUGGUGUGUGCUUCUGCAAUUUUGCAGCAAAUCGACGUCCUUUAGGCUAGUCCUAACCAACUAGACUUUUUUUUUGUUUUUUUCUAACGCCUGACGUUGAUUUGCAGCUUGCGAAACAAAUUUGAAUUAUUUUUUUUCAAAAAAAAUUUGCAGACAGCGAGGAUGAAGAAAUGCAUCGAUCAUUCCAUCGUGACACAGUCACAUCGGAUGAGGAGCGCGAGCAGCAGGAGAGUCUGGCGCGGGACUCGACUCGUCUCCGACAAAGUAUGAUUAGUACAACAACACAGGUGCCAGAUUGGGAAAUUGAGAGGUGAGCAGGGCUUGGAAUCGAGGAUGAUGAUACCGUAGUGACGAAUACCAAUCUUUGUGAUCUACAAUUCAAAAAAAAAAUCUUUAACAUUUUUUCCAGUGCUCGUGAAGAAAUGCUCGAAGAAGGUGGAAUGGAAGCAUCAUUGCUAGACAUUUUCCGAUAUGCCAGUCCAGAAAUGCGAAAUGUUGGAAUCGCCCUCGUUUUCACAUUCAUCCGUGGUCUUACUUGGCCUAUCUUCUCAAUCGUAUACGGUCAACUUUUCAAAAUUCUAUCAGCUGGCGGUGAUAAUAUCUCCAGUGCCGCGCUUUUGAACUCUCUCUGGUUUGUUCUCCUUGCAAUCAGUUCUGGAAUCAGCACUUUUAUUUCUGGAGGAUUACUUGGAAAAGCUGGAGAAACAAUGAGUGGGAGAUUGAGAAUGGAUGUUUUUAGAGUGAGUUUGAGUUAAAAUAAUUUUUCAUACAUUUAUAAAUCAAUCGAAAUUCUUCAGAAUAUCAUGCAACAAGAUGCUAGCUACUUCGACGAUCCAAAACAUAACGUCGGAGCUCUCACAUCUCGUCUCGCUACUGAUGCUCCAAAUGUUCAAGCUGCUAUUGAUCAAAGAUUGGCUGAAGUUCUUACUGGUGUUGUCUCACUCUUCUCUGGUGUUGGUGUUGCAUUCUACUUCGGAUGGAAUAUGGCACCAAUCGGUUUAGCAACUGCUGCAUUACUUGUUGUUAUGCAAAGUGGAGUCGCACAAUAUUUGAAAUUCAGAGGACAACGGGAUAUGGAAUCAGCCAUUGAAGCAAGUAGAGUGAGUUUAAAAACAAUCUGAAUUGAAGUGUUCAAAAAUUAAAUUAUUGUAGAUUGUUACUGAAUCAAUUUCAAAUUGGCGAACUGUUCAAGCGUUGACAAAACAAGAUUAUAUGUAUGAAGCAUAUAAGGCAGCAUCUGUCAAACCACACAGAAGAGCAAUUGUCAGAGGAUUGUAUACCGCUUUAUCAUUUGCCUUGGCUGGAAGUUUUGUUCUCUUCAAUUUUGCUAUCGCCUACAUGUUUGGUCUUUGGCUCGUUUCAAAUAAUUGGAGCACACCAUACACCAUUUUCCAGUAUGUUUCUGGUAUCCAUUUUCUUAAAAUUUUUUUUUAAAAAAACUUUUCAGAGUAAUCGAGGCAUUGAAUAUGGCAUCAUUCAGUGUUAUGAUGGCUGCAUCAUAUUUCCCCGAAUAUAUUCGAGCUCGAAUUUCUGCUGGUAUCAUGUUCACAAUGAUUCGACAAAAAUCAAUUAUUGAUAAUCGUGGAAUUGUUGGUGAUACUCCACCAAUUAAGGGAAAUAUUCUUCUUCGUGGGGUUUAUUUUGCAUAUCCAAAUCGACGAAGACAAUUGGUUUUGGAUGGAUUCAACAUGUCUGCGAAAUUCGGACAAACUGUGGCUCUCGUUGGUCCUUCUGGUUGUGGUAAAAGUACAACAAUUCAGCUUAUUGAGCGGUAUUAUGAUGCAUUAUGUGGAUUAGUGGUAUGUUGAAUCUAUUUUUAUGAAAGAGUAGCUUUCAAAAAAAAUUACAGAGAAUUGAUGAUCAUGACAUUCGAGAUAUUUCAAUAAAACAUCUUCGUGAUAACAUUGCGCUCGUUGGUCAAGAACCCACAUUGUUUAAUUUGACAAUUCGGGAAAAUAUUACCUACGGACUUGAUAAUAUUUCACAAGAUGCUGUGGAAAAAGCUGCAACUCUUGCAAAUAUUCACACUUUUGUUAUGGGACUUCCAAAUGGAUAUGAUACUUCAGUUGGUGCUGGUGGUGGUCGACUUUCUGGCGGACAAAAACAACGGAUUGCAAUCGCCCGUGCUAUUGUAAGAGAUCCAAAGAUUCUAUUGCUUGAUGAAGCAACAUCAGCGCUCGACACAGAAAGUGAGAAAAUUGUGCAAGAAGCGUUGGAUAAGGCGAGACUUGGAAGAACUUGUGUUGUAAUUGCUCAUCGAUUAUCAACAAUUCAGAAUGCUGACAAGAUUAUUGUUUGUCGAAAUGGUAAAGCGAUUGAGGAGGGAACACAUCAAACAUUGUUGGCGAGACGUGGAUUAUAUUAUCGACUGGUUGAAAAACAAUCUGGAUAG